CUGCUGGACUGACUCGCACGGGAGAAAAUAAUACUAUUCAUCCGAUUGCAAAAAUUCCUCCCUGUCUCUGUGCUCUUGCUCUGAGUCUCGUGAAGUCCAAGUCGUCGCAGGUUGGUCGGAAGAAAAAUCGGAUUUUCCGCCUGUUCGCGAGCUCCGAAUUGCUGAACCGUGGUCGCGUUCGACGGUGUAAGAUAUUUCGAACGGCUACGGAGAAGGAGAAAACAGCAAUCGCCCGAGAGCACAACCUUUUGCGACAACGACUGACUACGGGCAAAAACAAACGGCAAUCAACAGCAGCAGAGGAGCAGCACUGCUCUGAAGGCAGCACACCGCGUGUGUGUUUGCGUGCGUGCGUGCGUGCGUGCGUGAGAGCGUGUGAGUGUGCAGAGAGUGCGCGCGCUCUUGGUGGAGACGCCUCAUGCGUCACGCUGCUCGUGCUGGUGGUCGUUGUCACUCACUCAACAAAAAAAACCGGAGAACCAACAGCAACAACAGAGAAGCAAAGUGUGAACAGUGAUAUGUGUAUGUGUGUCGUCCGUUGAAAGUGUUUGUGUGACCGUGAAAGAGAAUAUUGAAGAGAAGAGAGAGAGUUAGCACGAAGAGAGUGCUCGUACUAGUAGUUAGUACUACCACCAUUACUACCUAGUGUUAGUAGACACACAUUCUAGUGUUUCGUCGUACAAAACCCCCACAACUAACCUGGAAUAGAAACAACAACAAUAAUAAUUAGACGGUGCGCGGUGAGAAUCACGCCAGGUUCGUGGAAACAACAACACAAAGAGCUCGGAACGAAAUCGACGACGACGACGACGCUGAACCGGACACAGGAAGUCGCAGCGGAAGCCACGAAGACGAACACGACGGCGGCGGCGGAUUCGGUCAAACAAUCGCACCUCAGCUAGACUGGCUCGGAACGGUGAAGCACGGGGGGCAGAGUCUCCCGAUACGUCACCGGAAGGCGGAGCCACCUGCUGGUGGGCGCCCUGGUCAGCGAUGGGUUGCUUCGGAUCGGCCGGAUCGAAACAGUCGGACGCGAACAGCUCCGAGGACACCAAGAGCCAGAAGCGGCGGAGCGAUGCCAUCACGCGGCAGCUGCAGAAAGAUAAACAGGUUUACAGAGCCACCCAUAGACUGCUACUGUUGGGCGCCGGUGAGUCCGGCAAAUCAACAAUCGUAAAACAAAUGAGAAUAUUGCAUGUCAACGGAUUUUCCGACACCGAGAGGAAACAGAAAAUAGAGGACAUCAAAAAGAAUAUCCGAGAUGCCAUACUGACAAUUACUGGUGCAAUGAGCACACUAACACCCCCUAUUCCAUUGGAGAAGCCAGAUAACCAGGCCAGAGUGGACUACAUUCAAGAUUACGCAUCCGGUCCUGACUUCAAUUAUCCACCGGAGUUCUACGAGAACACCGAAGAGUUGUGGAAAGAUCGCGGCGUGCAGCAGACCUACGAGCGAUCAAACGAAUAUCAAUUAAUUGAUUGUGCUAAAUAUUUUCUGGAUCGUGUUAGUGAAAUCAAGCAGCCUAAUUAUACUCCAACCGAGCAGGAUAUACUGAGAUGUCGUGUCCUCACGUCGGGUAUAUUCGAAACUAGGUUUCAAGUUGAUAAGGUUAACUUUCACAUGUUCGACGUCGGUGGGCAGCGGGACGAGCGGCGCAAGUGGAUCCAGUGUUUCAAUGAUGUCACCGCAAUCAUUUUCGUAACAGCGUGUUCGAGCUACAACAUGGUCCUGCGGGAGGACCCCACCCAGAACCGGCUGCGGGAGUCGCUGGAGCUGUUCAAAAGUAUUUGGAACAAUAGAUGGUUACGAACAAUAUCCGUAAUAUUGUUCCUCAAUAAGCAAGAUUUGCUAGCAGAGAAAGUCAAGGCUGCCAAAAGCAAACUUUCCGACUACUUUAGUGAGUUCAACCGUUACCAGACGCCGGCGGAUGCCGUUUGCGAAAUGGGAGAAGAUCCCGAGGUGAUUAGAGCAAAAUAUUUCAUCAGAGAUGAAUUUUUGCGUAUAUCGACGGCGAGCGGCGAUGGCAAACACUACUGCUAUCCGCACUUUACCUGUGCGGUAGACACGGAAAACAUCAAAAGAGUUUUCAACGAUUGUCGAGACAUCAUUCAAAGAAUGCAUCUGCGGCAAUACGAGCUGUUAUAGAUGAAACAUUAUCGUUCCAGAUAUACUUAACAAUUUCGAUGCAACCUGGUCGUCUCAUUUUAGUUGUGUCUACCGUAAAAAUAUCAAAUCUAGCCAAACUUUACUAAUUUUAUAAUAAAAACAAAUAUUGAUUAAUUAUUAAUCAAAACAAAAAAAAACGGAAAACCUAUACAGACUAAAUUAACCGGAGCGGCAAGACGCGAGACAGAGAGACAAGAGAGAAAGAAAAGAAAGAAAACAAAAACGAUCUACCAACCAACCAACCAAAAGUGAUUUGCACCCGGGAGUCACACCGUUCAUACACAAUCGUUUGCUGGAGAUCGUCACCGCGAUGAUGGCAAAGAAACUAUAGGCGUAUCAGUGUUGUAGUAGAAACCAUCCGGGCGCGCUGAUAAACAAAACAAAAAAACAAACAAACAAAGUACGAUAUGCACUAUCGAGGUGCACAAAAGCUGCUGUUUGCUGCAUCGCGCACGCAAGCACACACACACACACAGAGAGAAAGAAACCCAAUAUUUAUAUCAUCAUCACAACAAGAAGUAAAAAAGUGGGGUUUGAGAAGAAACAAAGUAUAUCUUUUUUCGUACAAAUUACAAAAGUUGCCGUACAUUUCCGCGUACGCGCACAGAUGCGUAUCGAUUGUGCGACAAGAAGCAACAAAAAAAGCGCAUGUAAAGAUGAUAACAACAACAGAACAAAAAGUAAAACAAAAGUAGUGUUGUCGUCGUUACCUAGUGUAUGCUAGCAGGAAAAUAUGAUAACAGAAAACAAAAGCAAACUGACGUUCGAAGGAUGAUUAGGAAACACACACACACACACACAGAGUAUAACAAAUCGAUGGAUUUAUAUUUUGAACGCAACCGAAGAAGGGAGAGUAUGAAAGAGAGAGAGAGAAAGGUAUAACACGUAAUGAUACACCGCCAUAUAAUGAGGUAAACACAUGCAAAACAAACAAAAACAAUGGAAAUCGCUUAUAGCCCUGUCAGUGAAACAAACAAACAAAAAACAAAUUGAAGUGAAAUAAAAGAAAAAAACAUAUGUGUGUUGUGUAAGAAUAAGCAUAAAUAGUGAAGACGUCACGUCGUUGUCAAGCUAGUGAAGAUCAAGGAACUAAGUCUUAGAAGUCUGUGAACUGUUUUAAUUUUUAUUAAUUUUAGUUUUUGAUGGAAGGGUAGUGAGUAACAACAACAACAAACUUAACAAUCGACACACACACACAUACACACACACACACACACACACAAACGCAUGCAAUUUAGUACAUACACACACACACACUUACACGUGCACAAGGUUCAGAACCUUGGCAGAAAACACACACACACACACAAAGAGCAUGUGAAUACACACACACCCGUAGGCACACUAACAUCGUAAAAAUAAUAGAAGACAAAGAAAGUUAGUUUAACUAAAGCCGUGUUUUGUUUUGUUUGUUUAGGGCAAAUAUGCUUCUAAAUUCGUCCAAAAAAUCAUUAUUCACUAUAUCGUUGUAGAACUAUUUUCCAGUAUUUUUAAUUAUUGUAAUAUAUACACACAUUUUAUUUAAAAUAAUAUAUAUUAUAUACAUAUUUUUGUUUUAGAAAAUUUUAUCCUUCUUGUUGAAUUCGCUUUAGAGAGAAUAUGAGAAACAAAUGUUUAAUUUUUAUUUACGUAUUUAAUAAUUUAUGACGUAGUUGUUUUAUGUUACUUCUUGUGACAUAAAUAGAAAAGUAUGGAAAUGUGAAAUGGCAAGAAUUAAAACAAAACAAAAAAAACAAUAGAGAGAGAGAGAGAGAGAAAAAAGGGUAGGGUAAAUUUCAAAUUAACUGCUUCUUUACGAAAACAAAACAAAAAAAAUCUUGUAAUUGAGAACAAUCAGAUUGGGCUUUAGGAUGUUUGUUUCUUUGGGAAUGUCUCGUGUAGCGCCUGUAGAAGACUACUUCUUUUCACACGGAAUACACGCGGAUCUGAAUCUCGGAACCGGAAGUUGAUAGACACACACACAUACACACACAAACACACACACAAAUCAACUGCGAAUUCGACGCAAAAACGCAUUUCAUUUUUUAUAUAAUGUGUAUAGAUUUUACGUAAUAAUUUGCAGUGCAUAUUCCUUACCGAUGGCGACUCUGGGUGAAAGAUUGAAUUAGAACUCGAGUGACGUUAGGAUAUCACACAAACUUCAUCAUUGGCAGACUAGGAGCUUUGCGGCGUAGGCGAAAAUUCAAGAUUGGCAGAGAAUGGAAAAUUAAAUUCUAAAAGUCUACAAUCUUGAAUGUCAGCCAUACUUUCCGGAAUCUGUAACCGUAGAAGCACUAACUGAUCGAAAUUCUGUUAGAUUAUUAUUUUAGAAUUUAAAUACGCUCGAAACGAGAACAUCACACAACCACGCGUGCGACAUUCAGCUCGUCGUUCAUGUUAUUUUUUCUGUUAAGAAAAAGCAAAUCACAAAACCACUAAUUCUGUGUCAUAUCAUUUUUCAGUUGUUAAUGCUUAAGAGAUUUUGUUGCAAUAUUUUUAUAUAAAAAAAAACCUUUUAUUUAAAUAUUUCUAGUUAUCCAAGUUAUUAGUCUCGCAAAAGAACACCACCCGAAGAGAAGAAUCAUGUAUCACAAUCAAAUGUUAAACAAUACCACAAACACGUACUAACAGAAACCGAAAACACACACAAUUACAUAAACACAAGCACACAUCCACACAAACACCUGAUUAGACUAAAACGACGGAGUCUUAGAUAAGUAGAGAAAACAAGAAAAAAAAAUGAAUGGAAAGAAAAACAGAGAUUGUACAUUGUUAUUUUUUUAGUCUGCCUAUGCUAUACCAUGUUGAAAUUGUCAUCAUAACCUGCGCUAUACUACCUAUCUUAGCCCUUCCUCCCCCCCCCCCUCUCUUCCCCCUCCCAAAUUGUUAACACGUUCAUGUCAUCAUGUUUUAGUCGAAUGUGAAACCGUAGAAAAGUGAGAAAGCGAGAGAGGAAACGCAAAUUUUCUUGAAGCAGCAAAAAAGGAAAAACAAACCAACACAACACAUCUACACAAAAUAGGAAACAUAAAAAAAAACAGAUGAAUGGAUACAAGAAAGUGAAAUUAGAGGUAAACGUGUAUAACUCUUUUAUAUAGUUGUAUAGAAUAUAUAUGAGGAAAAAUAUAAAGAAAAAAAAUCAUACAAAAAUAAAAAGAGAAAAUAGUCAUACCUUUAGAGAAUGGAAAGUACUAAGUCGCACAACUAGAAGAAAAAUUCUACCCAAAAAUGUUUAAAAUAAAGCAAGCAGAAAUGUAAACACCUCUUUUUCAGUUCCGUUUUCCUUGUCUCAUGGUUUUUUUUUUCUCAGUUGGACUAUUUUCAGUGGCCAUCAACCAUCGAAGAUAGUGUGGUUGGGGAUGCAACGAAAGGCGUGCUUGAAAGACAUUAUUUUUUCAUCGGGGUAACCCAUGUUGUUAAUUUUGACAGUUUGUGACGUUUGUUCGAAGCUUGCUAUUGAGCUGCUUGAUUCAAUGCAAAGCUAAGGUCAUUCAACAUUGAGGUAACGUAAUGUAGGGUAAACUGUCAAAAUUAACCACAUGAGUUACCUCGAUAAAAAAAAUCAAUCGUAGCAAUUUCAAGUUUAAAUCAAACGCAAUUUGUUGCCUCUCCAAGUGAAAGAAAAGUCCACCUUUGACGUGUUUCGUUUGAGUUUCCAUUGUCGCAAACUUCUUUUAUUCAUCAUCAUUUAUAAGCAGCAAACAACCGAGUCUAAGAAAGGAGGUAUAAAGUGGAAAUUAAUUCACAUGGUACAAUAAAUACUAAACUCGAGUGUCAGUUGUACGACGUGAAAAUUUUCUAACUUUAUGUCAACUGAUGUGCAUUCCUUUGUGUUCUAUUCCACGUGCACAAACAUUUUGUGUGCAAAUAAGCAAAACAGUAACUUUUUGAAAAAAAGACAAAUCCCAUCAUCGCAGAAACACCAUCAAUAUUUACCCGAAAAUUGUAAUUUCUACAGAGUCAUGAAACACACUCGCUUGUAAUCAAACCCUUUGUCCACCCCACAAAUAAAACUUAUCGAAAAACAGUGAAACAGCAUUACAAUGUAACACAUUUUUUGCAAACAAGCAAUAAUAAAACCUAAUAAAAAAAAAAUGACAAUGGGUGAAAAGUAUUGAACGUGUAUUGUGUAUGCCAUUAACAAAAAAAACAUGAUCUAAGUCUAAUGUGCUAGCGAAGUGAACGGUGAAAAGAGAGUAAAAUGUGAUUACUUUUUGUGCAAUAUGAUGGUAUAUUGAUAAAGUUUUAUAACGAUUGAAUGUGAAUGUAUCUGAUAUCCAAAACCGAGCAACAACCCGUGCUAACGAGUAGUUGUUCGGAAAAAGUCCUUCCUGGCCACACGUAACUUAGCAAGAAAGUGCACAUUGUACACCUAGUUAUGGUACAAUAACUUCGCUGAUUGGUAUCUUUGUACGUUUUCCAGAAAUGUUGAAAAAUUAUUAUGAUCUCAACAUUUUUGAUUCACACCUAUUUUGUCUUUUUGUUUGCAAUAAAUCCUUUAACCUUCUUUUAUCUGAUUUGAAUGCGAUUCUUCAAACGAAGCGAACGGUUCCAAUCGCUUGAAGCAUAACUUUUGCUGUUUUGAGCUGUUGUUUUCCCCAAUCUUAACCUAUCCUUUUCGUGAGCAAAUUGCACAAAUAAUGUGUAAGAAGGGUGGAAUACCUUAGGUCGUAACAUGGUUAGACUAAACUGUACUACGGUAGACACGUGUGUGUACAUGUGCGAAACAACCAAGCAUUUUUUAUUUAAUUCUUUUCAAAGCGCAAAGCCCAUUGCUAACGAGUCUACAAACACAUGAGGUAAAUAUAUAACAUAUUAACUAAAAACCACAAAACACAAAUAAAGAUAAAACAAUUAUAAAUGUUUAGAGAAAAAAAAACUGAAAAUCUGUUUAGAGUCGUACUAAAUGAAACAUACACAUUGUCUGACAAAAACACUGCAGUACUAAGGAACUAAGAUUGAAGAAUAAGUUCAGCUUAACAAUGGACUAACAAAAAAAAACAAGAAACCAUAAACCAACACUAAAUCAAACAUAUUUAGGUAUUGAAGUAAUUGAAAUAAUAAUAAACAGCCCAUAAACAUAAAGAUAAAAAAAGAAAAAAAAUAGCAAGGUUAUAAGUGUUUGUAAAUACAUGAAAAAAAAAGAAUCCAUAGAUAAGACCGUAGUAUUAACAAAAAAAUAAAAGGAAAUCCAUAGAACAACUCAAAUGACUUGAAUGCUGCACACGAGAAGAAGAAAAAGAACAAGAAGAGAGCCAUGGCGGCAAACCGGGUUCUCGAUGAGUUCGUCUCUGGCCAAGACGGGUACCUAAAGACGGGCGAAAAGCAAAAGCAAAAAAUAAAAACAAAAAGAAAUCCAAGUCACACACUAGUCGCUGCUGUAAUGGAAAAAAGAAACAUGAAAAACAUUAAACUUACCAAAACAAAACCAGAGGAAUAAAACAAACAACAAUGAUUAGAAAAAUCAA